AUGGCCCCAUUUAUUCCACCAGAGGCCCCUUCAAGCAUUCGAAUCCUUACUCUCAACUGCUGGGGCCUCAAGUACAUCGCCAAGUACCGCAAUGAACGCAUGUCAGAGAUCGGACGGCAACUGGCAUUAGCCAGCCCGCCGCCGGAGAUAGUUGGACUACAAGAAUGUUGGACACAGGAGGACUUCGAAAGCAUCCGUGACCAGACUCGACACAUCCUACCUUACGGAAAAUUCUAUUACGGGGGCAUAUUUGGUGCUGGAUUGGCCAUUCUGUCAAAAUGGCCGAUUGAGGAGAGCAGCAUGUUUGGGUACCCGUUGAACGGCCGACCAACAGCGUUUUUCCGAGGAGACUGGUUCGUUGGAAAAGGCGUCGCAAGCGCGAGAGUUCGAUUUGGCCCUGGUAUUGCAGAUGUUGCAGAAGUGUUCUGUACACACUUGCAUGCCCCGUACGAGCGCGAACCGAACGACUCCUAUCUAUGCCACCGGACCGCUCAAGCAUGGGAGAUUUCAAAGUUGAUGCGCGGGGCUGCAGAACGUGGCCACCUUGUCAUUGGUCUAGGCGACUUUAAUAUGCUGCCCUCUUCCUUCGCCCACCGUCUCAUCACAGCCCAGAGCCCCGUCCGUGACGUCUGGCGCGUACUCCACCCAGACUCUUCCCUCGCAGCAGCAAUUAAUCCCAUCGAAAAGGCACGAGGCCUGCCCAUUCCUUCCGCCGAGUUUAACCUCACCGAGAAUGGAGCUACAUGCGACGGCUCCUACAAUACCUGGCGCUGGACCGAGGCCAUGCGCAAGCGUCUCGACAAGGGCGAGGAGAUUGUCAUCGACAAAGACACCCCAGAUCCCCGUGGAAAGCGUCUCGACUAUAUCUUCGUCGGCGAUGGUGGCUACCCGCCUGCUUUCCCACCUUCUCGCUGGUCCGUCGAGUCAGCCCAGAUCGCCAUGACCCAGCGUCAUCCUAAACUAGGAUGCUCUCUGAGCGACCACUUCGCUGUCGAGGCUGUAAUCACUCGAGCUUCGAACAACUACCCUCCCACCCAGUCCAGCGAUGACAUGCCAGCGGAUCCUGACUCUCCCACCCUCCAUAAAACAACCUCAAAACAAGUCUCCCCCAACGCCGCUCUCUCCCCAGACACGUAUGACCACAUCAUCGAUAUGACGCAUACAUAUGUACGCCGUGAACGGUCUCAACGCCGCUGGCGCAUGGCGCACUUCAUUGCGUCUAUUGUGAUUACCAUUGGAUGCAUGGUCGGUGUCUGGUGGGUUGGCAGCCGCACAUACAUUGGCUUUAUCCUCAUUCUAGUAAGCACUCUCAACUUUGGUGCUGGAAUUUUGGAUGGCCUGAUUGGCGGUUUGUUCAUGUCGAGUGAAUUGCGUGCUUUGAAGGAGUUUGAAUGGGAGGUCAGGAAUGCCAGAAGCUUGGUGGUUGCUGCUGAGGGCGGUGCUCCUUCGGAAGGCACGGAGAGCAAGAAGGACGAUUGA